AGCCAUGCUAUACCUCUUAGUUUUGUAGAUGAUAGAGAGAAAUGGAAGGUGGGAUGAAGGGGAAAGUUUGUGUAACAGGAGGCACUGGAUUUAUAGGAUCGUGGCUCGUCAAGCGACUUCUCGAAGAUGGUUACUCCGUCUCAACCACCGUAAGAUCAGACCCAGAGAAGAAAAGAGAUUAUAGCUUCUUAACAAAUCUACCAGGAGCAUCGAAGAAUCUACAAAUAUAUAAUGCUGAUCUGAAUGAUCCAGAUAGUUUUGGAGAUGCCAUAGAAGGGUGUAUUGGAGUUUUUCAUGUUGCUACUCCAGUGGAUUUUGAGGAUAAAGAAGAUGCGGAAGUGGUGAUAAGAAGAACAGUGGAUGGAGCUUUGGGGAUAUUGAAAGCCUGUUUAAAUUCAAGAACAGUAAGAAGAGUUGUGUACACUUCAAGUGCAUCAGCCAUACAAUUUUGUAAUGACAGCAACAAAAUGGAGUAUUUGGACGAAAGUAAUUGGGCUGAAAUUGAUUACAUAAAUAAAGUUCUACCAAAGGGAAGAUCACCAUACCCAAUUUCCAAGAAAUUAACAGAACAAGCAAUUCUUGAAUUUUCAAAACAACAUGGGUUGGAAGUUGUGUCUGUUAUUCCAACUUUUGUUGUUGGUCCCUUCAUUUGUCCUAAGCUUCCUGGCUCUGUUCGCACAACAUUGGCUUUGGUUUUAGGCAAUGAAGAUGAAUAUGGAAUGAUUUUAAGAAUAAACAUGGUGCACGUAGAUGACGUGGCAAGGGCACAUAUUUUUCUAUUUGAAAAUCCAAAGGCAAAUGGGAGAUAUGUUUGUUCUUCCCACAUAAUCACAAUUGAAGAUUUGGCUAAAUUUCUCUCUGCCAAAUACCCAGAAUUUCAAUUACCAUCUCUAGAGGUUUUGAAAGAUGUCAAAUGCUACAUUGAUUUUGCUGAUGUGUCGUCAAAGAAACUUUUGGAUGCUGGUUUUCAAUACAAUUGUGGGAUUGAUGAAAUGUUUGAUGAAGCUAUUCAAUGUUGCAAAGAGAAGGGUUAUCUCUAAGUUUCAUAUAAUUAAUACUUUAUAAUAUAUGAUUUAUGAAAUGAAUGUAAAUUGUAUCAGUAGAGCUCUUCUAUGGAAUGUUAUAAUUUGAAAAGAAAAUGCAUGUGAAAGUAUGUCAUUAUUUUCUUUUUUUA